AUGGCUGCCACAAUGCUGCCUCCACAAUCUCAAAGCCCAGAAUGUCUUGCUGCAAACACUAGGGCUGAGACAGACCUGGCUACUAAGCUUGAUACCUUAUUUGAGGACUUUUGGAGGAAAAUAGCCAGACGCCAGCAGAACUCUACAAACAAUGAGCGACACACUGACCCAUCUACCAGCAACCAAAGACCAGGGGAACAGGCAGACACUACAGAGCUUCCACGCGGCGGAGGAAAAUCCUCCGGUCUGAUCCCCCCACCAAACCUCAAACCCCAGCUCCUGCUGAGACUGUUGUCUCUUUGUCUAGACAGGGAGCCCAUAUGGAAGAUGACUCUCGCCAAAGUACCUGGGGGCACCCACCUGCCCAACGACACCCAGCUCACCACUCACUUCACCGGGUUAUUCAUAUCCGACAGCGACAGGUCAAGGCUCCAGCAGAAGACAGGGCCCCAAGAUGGAGUCAGACGAAGAAGCAUACCCUGCAGCUACACAGGGCAACACAC